UUGGUGGCGCGACGCAGCUAGCCUGUGUGAGCUAGCAGGUGUGUGGCCAUGUAGCAGCAAUGGCGACCACGUAAACAAACACAAACAACCAGGGUGCACAGGACAGGAGAAGGCGGGACGACUGCACAAUUAUGGCGACCGGCGGCGGCUUGGCGUCCAACCAUGACGCCCAAGAGCCGCCGUCCAACUCGGCCCUGAGUGGAGCAGCAGUGGCGCUUUCCAGCGUGCCAAACUCCCCGCCUGUCCCGCCUGGUCCCCGGGAGCCUGUCCCUCCUGUGCCGCCUGGUCCCCGGGAGCCUGGCCCGCCUGUCCCUCCUGGUCCCCGGGAGCCAGUGUACAACUGGCAGGCCACCAAGAGCUCGCUGAAGGAGCGCUUUGCUUACCUUUUCAACAACCAACUGCUGAGUGACGUCAGCUUCGUGGUGGGCAAGGGCAGGCAGGCCCAGAGGAUACCGGCCCAUAAGUUCGUGUUGGCCGCCGGCAGUGCCGUCUUUGAAGCCAUGUUCAACGGGGCCAUGGCCACAACCUCCACCGAGAUAGAGGUGCCCGACGCGGAACCGGCAGCCUUCCUCUCUUUGCUCAGGUUUCUGUACUCGGAUGACGUCCACACCUGUGCAGAGACGGUGAUGUCCACUCUUAACACGGCCAAGAAGUACGCCGUGCCGGCGCUGGCCAGCCACUGUGUGGACUUUGUCAGCAAGCACCUGAGAGCAGACAACGCAUUCCUGCUCCUCACACAGGCCAGGUUAUAUGACGAGCCCCAGAUCUCCAGUCUGUGUUUCGACACCAUAGACAAAAGUACUGCGGAGGCGGUAAACGCGGACGCCUUCACCGACAUAGACCUUGACACUCUGUGUGCGGUGCUGGAGAGAGACUCGCUCAGCAUCAGGGAGAACCGUCUCUUCGGGGCGGUGGUCCGUUGGGCUGAGGCUGAGUGUUGCAGACAACAGCUUCCUCCCACCCCCGACAAUAAACAGAAGGUACUAGGAAAAGCUCUCCCGCUCAUCCGCUUCCCGCUCAUGAGUGUUGAGAAGAUCCCUGCAGGCCUGUCCAGUCUGGAAGUCAAAGUCUUGUUCCCCGUGGCAGUGAACCCCAAAGCGCGUGGCAGCUGCAGCGACAGAGCCCGCUGCUGCCUGCGAGGAGAGGAAUGCAGCAUCAAGCGCUUCCAGCAGGUGGAGAGUCGCUGGGGCUACAGUGGUACCAGCGACAGAAUCAGAUUCAACGUCAGCAGACGGAUAUCUAUAGUGGGUUUUGGUCUGUAUGGUUCCAUCCAUGGGCACACCGACUACCAGGUCAACAUCCAGAUCCUGGAGAGCGACAAACACCUGACUCUGGGCCAGAAGGACACAGCAUUUAGUUGUGACGGGACCUCCAACACCUUCAGAGUCCUGUUCACAGAGCCGGUAGAAGUCCUUCCUAACGUCAGCUACACCGCCUGUGCAACUUUGAAGGGACCAGACUCUUCACAAGUCUGCUCUGCUCCCUCAGGGACCAGACUCACACUACGGCACCAAGGGCCUAAAGAAAGUCAGCCAGGAGUCGGCAGCAGGGACCAAGACCACCUUUGUCUUCUUCAAGUCCCCCGGGAACAACAACGGUACUUCAGUGGAGGACGGCCAGAUACCGGAGAUCAUCUACUACAGACUGGACUGAAGUACAGUAUGUACAGUAUGUCCUCCAUGAUCCUUGGCAGGUGUCAAUAUGAGGCAAGGCACAUUUCCUCCCCAGGACACAAAGCAUCGGGAGGAUGUUCUCACCUACAAGCUGCUGUGAGUUUUGACUCGUGCUCCCUUCAUUGUACAGUACUGCUAAAUGUGUGUGUGACGCUUCUUUGUCUGCUGGAAACUCACUCAAAUUAAAACCACUUCCACCAUU